AUGCGGCGCCAGUCCACCGGCCACGCCAACUCGGACGCAUCGUCCGCCUGUUCUGUGUCUACCACGGCCUCGUAUGCCAAGGAGGCUCUCCUGGACAAUGGCGUCGGGCCACGCCGUGGUUUGCGUCAGAAGGCGAGGGACGUGGUGUCCGACCUGGGCAAGCCGCCUACUUGGCGGCAGGACGCCAAGGAUGGGAAACACACGUCGAGUUUCGGGGAUCCGGGGUUCUUGACGGAGCUCUCUAGGCCCCCCAAGUUCUGA